AUGGCACCUAGCACAGACAGGCUCAGUUCAUUGCCUCACUCUUUACUCUCCACCAUUGUGUCCUUGAUACCGUUCAAGGAAGCUGUAAGAACAUCAAUCCUCUCUAAAAGUUGGAUAGACAUUUUUAAGUCUACAUCCAACAUAGAAUUUGAUGAAGUGUCUUUUGUGAAAUUUGGUCAAACAGAUCAAGUCAAACAAGCCCAAAGAAAGGCCUUUAUGGAGUUUGUGACACUUUGGAUGGCUAAUCACACAGAAACUAUUGUGGAUAAGUUCUCUUUGAGAUUAUCAUUUCUUGGAAAAGCUAAGAGGGUUGUGAUAAAAUGUAUUACCUUUGCCACAAAGCACGAGGUUAAGGAGUUGGAGUUGGACUUUUCUGACCCAACGUUUGAUUGUUAUUUUACUACAAAUUAUACUAAGCAUGAUGCCUUGUUUGAAUUGCCAACACAUGUUUAUGGUCACACUUCCCUUGAAUCUUUGAAGUUGUUUUCCUGCACCUUUAUUGAAACUCGGUUCUUUAACUUUCAUGCACUCAAAGAAAUUUCUUUGGGUUGGAUGGAAGUGAAACUUAAUACUAUUAAGACCUUGUUGUCUAAUUGUGAGGCGCUUGAGAGCUUAAGUCUCAAGAGGUGUUGGAAUUUUGAUGACUUUAAUAUAGGGGAGGAGAACCUAAGGUUGAGAAAGUUGAUCGUGGACAGGUGCAUGUUUAGAUCUGAUAGUCGUUAUUUUAUAGUAAAUGCUCCAAACUUGAGAUAUUUCUAUUAUUCUGGGUUGAAUAACGACUUUUUGGUCAUGGACAUACGUUCCCUUGUGAUGGAAGAGGAAGUUCUUGACUUCUGCAUUGAGUUACAAGAACAUGUUCUAUUUCUUUACAAACUAGUGAAAGAUAUCUCUUACGGUAGUACUUUAACUGUGUGCAAUUACUUCCUUCAGGAUUAUGAGUUACCUGACAACUUUAACUUUGAGAGGUUUUGGAUUGAUCAUACAAGGGCUUAUAAUUGCAUGAUAUAUGCUCUUAGAGAGGUGGAGAUUAAGGACUUCAAGGGAUCAAUGAAUGAGAUUCGUCUAAUUACCUAUUUCAUCACUGAUGGAAAAGUCUUGAGAAAGAUUACCAUCAACAUAUUGAAGGAUGAUGUUGCUGAUCAAGAUGAGAGCAUGGAUUCUUACUGCCGUAAGAUGAUUGAAACGUUAGUGUCUCAAAGAGCUUCAAGAGAUCUACAGAUUUCUAUUUGUUAG